UCUUUUGUUAAUAAAACGUGUUAGUCGGAAAAGGGGCUACUCCUGCUUUUUCUCCAGCACAGGCUGGCCCGGCUCUCCUCCUCCCUGGUUCCCACACCACCCACGUAAAAGGCGGGCAGCGCUUCGACUGCACUGCCACGGCCACCGACUUGACUUUUUCGACCCCCUUGCUUGCCAGUAAGAAAAAGGAGCUUUUUCUUGUUCUUCCUAGCAGGACGCCUGUUGUGCCGGCGGGGAGGCUUCUCGCAGCCACCCGGCCUUGCACCCGCAGCCACGGGAGAAGACGGCCACGAGGAGGGUCAAGAGGGCGUGGGUCAUUCCUCCCAUCAGCAUGCCGGAGAACCACCGGCGGGUCCCCCACCUCCUGGUCCAGAUUAAAUCAGACAAGCAGCAGCCGGGGGUUGUGGUCUACAGCAUUAAGGGCCCCGGCGUUGAUGAAGAUCCCAAGGAUAUCUUCUCCAUUGAUAAGUUGAGCGGCAAGGUCUACCUCAACGCCAUGCUGGAUCGGGAAAAACAUGAUCGCUUUCGGCUCAAGGCUUUUGCCCUGGAUCUGGGUGGAGUGCUUCUGGAAGAUCCCACGGACUUGGAGAUCGUUGUCCUGGACCAGAAUGACAACCGGCCACUCUUCCAGCAGGACGUGUUCACGGGCCACGUGGUAGAAGGGGCUGAGCCAGGGACGUUUGUGUUGAAAGCAGAAGCCACAGAUGCGGAUGACCCCGAGACGGACAACGCGGCCCUGAGAUACUCCAUCGUGGGCCCCGGAGCGGGAGAGCUCUUCACAAUGAACGAGCUCUCCGGGGAAAUUCAAACCGCUCACGUUGGGCUUGACCGGGAGGUGACGGGUGUUUACAACUUGACGCUCCAAGUGGCUGACAUGUCUGGAGAAGGCCUGACCACCACAGCUACAGCGGUCAUCUAUGUGGAGGAUGUCAAUGAUAACCCACCUGAAUUCACGACGGACAAGUUCCACAUGGAGGCCCCUGAGAACAAGCAAGGGGUGGAAGUUGGGCGGGUGAUGGUGCAGGACAAAGACCAGCCUGGCUCUCCCAACUGGCUGGCCAAGUUCACCAUCCUGGAGGGUGACCCCAGAGGAGCUUUUGCCAUCCACACUGACCCCCUGACCAAUGAGGGGGUCCUCUCUUUGGUUAAGGCGUUGGACUACGAGGAGCAGAACCAUUACGAGCUGCUGAUUUCCGUGCAGAACCAAAGCCCGCUGGACCCGUCAGUCCGAAACGUGGCCCAUGCCUUGGCUACGGUGCAGCUGCAGGUGGUGGACGCCAACGAACCCCCCUUCUUCCAGGAUGAUCCCUGCAGGGGCAACGUGAACGAAGGCGCGCCCGCUGGCACAGAGAUCACCCUCUUCCACGCCAGGGACCCCGACACCCAGCAAGCUCAGGAGCUGAGGUACUGGAAGGCCUCUGGCCUGGCCAGCUGGCUGCAGGUGGACCCCGAAUCGGGCCUGGUGGAAGCCCGCCAGAAAGUACCCCCCCGUUCAACCUUCCGGGGGGGCUGGUAUGUCACACAGAUCCUGGCUGUUGAUAAUGGGACCCCUCCCCUCACGGCAACCGGGACCCUCUCCGUCGAGGUGCUGGAGGUCAAUGACCAGGCACCCUUCCUGUUCCCGACAAAGGGAGAGCUGUGUCAGGAAGGGGGCGGCUUGGUCCUGAGCGCCACGGAUGAGGACUUGGCCCCCCAUGCAGCACCGUUCCACUUCCGUUUCGCCCCCAGCAGUGCACACAACUGGACUCUCCGCCACCCCAAUGACACGCACGUGCUGCUGCAGCCUCCCACGGAUGUGGCCGAGGGCCUCCACACCCUGCCGCUGCUCGUCAGUGACUCUGGGAUCCCCCCACGGGUGCGAAAGCAGCUGCUGAACGUCUCUGUCUGCGCCUGCAAUCGGUGGGGCGCCUGCGGGGCUCGUGCGGCUGCCACCGUGGCGGUGGUGGCAGGUCUCAGUUUGGGGGCCUUGAUGACCAUCCUCUGCAGUGCCGUCCUACUCCUGCUGCUGGUGCUGCUGGUGGCGGGGCUGGAGCACGCUCGCCGACAAGCUCUCCGCAAGGGACUCCUGGGGGCCUCGCAGGAUGACCUGAGGGACAACGUCCUCAACUACGACGAGCAGGGCGGCGGCGAGGAGGAUCAGGACGCCUACGAUCUCUCCCAGCUGCGUGACCCGGACCUCUUUCGCCCACCAGCCCCACGGGGCAAGCCCCUCCGACGGAGGGACGCCCCCUACAGCUACACCUUGCCUCAGUACCCCCAGCGCACGACCGCCUGCCCUUCCGACAUCGAGGACUUCAUCAAUGAGGGCCUGGAGGCGGCUGACGGUGACCCCAGCGUUCCCCCUUACGACACGGCUCUCAUCUACGACUAUGAAGGGGGCUGCUCCGUCAGUGGGUCGCUGAGUUCCAUCCUGUCCAGCUUGGCGGACGAAGACCAAGAUUAUGACUACCUCAAGGAAUGGGGGCCACGAUUCCGGCGCCUGGCCGAGCUGUACGGCCAGUAAGGGGGAGCGGGGGGAGCAGCAGGGCCGGACUGGACGGUCGGCAAUGCUGCUUGGGCUGCACCACUGGCCUCUCGGUUCAUGUGGGGGCAUGUGUCCUGCCGCCCCUCACUGCAACCCAGGAGCAGGGGCCCCUCCAGCAGCUUUCGUGCAAGCGGCAGCCCCGCCUCCAGCCUGAGGGGUCCUGCUCGUGCCAACGCUGAGGGCAGAAGACCCCAACAGCCUCAGUGCCUCUCCAGCCUUCCGGCUGAGAUUCUGCCGGUGCUCCCUGGUUCUGCUAGCAGCCGCCAGAGGGGCUGUCCCAGGGACCCCUCCUUUCCACCAACCAGGACCCCAAUGGUCUCGGCUGGGGCACCGCCUGAGUUACUAGGCCUAAACAAAGACAGCAGCUGGAUAAAAAAACCCCAGCGUGCCUGGAAACUGAAGUGGGGGGGAGCAGGAAGAGGGAACACUGCAGGAGCCAGGCAGCUGUGCUCCCCAAGGGUAUCACGCAGAACAGCCCCCCCAGAUGGAACCGAUCAGGGUCCCACCCUGAAAAGCAGCUUCCGGUGGGCUAUGGGUGAACCUGGCUGUGUUCACCCCUUAGCUGCGGCCCAAACCUGCCAAGGUGCUGGUAUGGCUUCAGCCAGAGGAAUAAGAGGCUCGGAGGCCUCAGGAGGGGACUGGGGCAGGUGGGGGGUGGGGGCGCAGUGC